AUGUCUUCAUCCUCUUUCACCCGGCGAAAGUCUUUGUUAAUUCGCGACAAAGAACAAGAAAAAUCUGCAUGUUCUGAAAACUAUGACGCUCUUACGCAGUCAUUCGACAAUCUUCGUAUCAAUAUUGGGCAAAGUAAUAACCUCCUUUAUGUGCCUGGAAGUCAAUUGUCAAGGCGGAAUUCAAGUUUUGUCACCAGUCCCACAUCUAACAGUACCUUUCGGUCGAAAAGUCCCCUCAAUCUACCACCUAGUCCUGCAAGCCAGAAAUCAUGCUUAUCCUCACCAUCAUCGCCAGGACGGACUUCCUACACUCCAUCGCGUCGUAGUUCAUCUAGCAAACUACUUACAGCAAAACGUACGUCAUCUACAUCGUCAAUCGGAAACGCAAACCCUGUUGGAAAAACAGUAAUACCAGAAGAUUCGACUCCAUCCAGCCCUCACCUAACUUCCUCAUCUAGCCUAAUGAACCAUUUUAUGUCAGAGCUUGAUGCACACAGAGCGCAGGAUGAGGGAAAUUCGUAUACAGAUACCGUUGUAAUACUUCAUGACUCUUGCUAUGGACAUCGCUUCUCAAGACCACACACUUCGAAAGCCUCACUCAACACGAUUUUUGAAAGACCAGAGCGUAUACAUGCCAGUAUCCUGGGUAUAUCUGCGGCGUAUGUAAGAUUAAGCGGGCGGCACAAAGAUGGUAAAUACACAUUGAAUUCAGAAAAAGAUUCAAUGAUGACAUUUACUUCACCUUUUCAGAUACGGAAGACAACAAGGAAAUUGGAAUUAUCUUCUCCAGCCGUUACAAAAGUACACGGAGAAAAGUGGAUGGAAGAACUCAAGUUAAUGUGUCAGAGCGCCGAAUCAAAAUUAGCAUUGAAUAGAAAUGAGGUGGCUCGUCCAGAAAUAGGCCGAGGAGCGGAUCAAAGCUCAUCAACUAGGCUUCAUGAAGGUGACUUAUAUCUCUGCUCUGAGUCGCUAAACGCAAUGGAAGGUGCAAUUGGUGCCGUUUGUGAAGGGGUCGAUUCAGUAUUCCGAAAGACGACAGAAUGUAAUGGGCCUCGUCGAUCGUUUGUAGCUAUACGGCCGCCAGGCCACCACUGUUCUACAAACUAUCCGUCGGGAUUCUGCUGGGUAAACAACGUCCAUGUCGGAAUAUCGUAUGCCGCACUCACGCAUGGUUUGACGCAUGCAGCUAUCAUUGAUUUUGACCUACACCAUGGAGAUGGCUCUCAAGCUAUUGCGUGGGAGAAUAAUAACCGUGCCCUCAGCGCUACCAAGAAUGCCCCAAUAUCGAAAAAGACAUCAAUCGGAUAUUUUAGUCUUCAUGAUAUCAACUCAUAUCCUUGUGAGAUGGGCGACGAAGAAAAAGUCAAAAACGCAUGUAUCUGUAUUUCUAACGCUCAUGGACAGAAUAUCUGGAACGUCCAUCUCCAACCUUGGAAGAAUGAACUAGAGUUCUGGGAGUUGUAUGAAAGUAAGUAUUCUGUUAUACUGGAUAAAGCAAGGGAAUACAUGCGCGCUCAAACUGAACGGCUCAAAGCUAACACUAGUGGACCAAAACCUCGCGGGGCCAUAUUUUUAUCUGCUGGAUUUGAUGCAAGCGAAUGGGAGAGCUCAGGUAUGCAACGUCAUAAAGUUAAUGUUCCGACGGAAUUCUACGCACGAUUGACCCGCGAUGUGGUAAAGAUUGCAGAGGAAGACGAUACAGCUGUAGACGGGAGGGUUAUAAGUGUUCUUGAGGGCGGAUACAGCGACAGAGCCCUUUUAACUGGCGUCUUCAGUCAUCUUAGCGGAUUGACAAAUAUAGACUCAUCUGUGGCGAACAAAAAUAAAAAAUUCGAUAAUACCUUGCAACAAACCGAUAGUUUUAAUACAAUUUGCGAAGAUCAACCCCCUGAAAGUAAUGAAGACUCCCAAAAGCAAAUUUACGACUCAGCCUGGUGGUCUCUGCCCUGUAUCCAGGAAUUUGAAAAUUUAAAAAAUGCUACGGCCAGCGAACCAAACAAACAAAAAGCUUCUAACUCAACAUUCUCAUCUCCUACUCAAUCUUUCAUGUCGAAAGUUACUUCGCCUGCUGCACUGCGAACUAUUUCAGAAAUGUCAAACUUUGGAAUCCGGUCGGCAAAGCCAACCUCAAAGACAGCUCCUUUAUAUCAAGAAGUUGGCUGGGCCCAUGCCGCUCAUGAGCUUUCAAAGUUACUCGUUCCAACUGGAAGACAAACUCUUAGCUACAAUCCCGAAGAGCUAUCACCGAAAAAACCACGUGUAAGCAAAGAUUUUCAGACUAUUCAAAGGUUAAAGGAUACUCAAACGGUCACUGAAAUACCAGGGCGCAUGGCCCUAAGAGCUCGCAAGCCAACUAAGUCGGUUGAGCCUCUCGGAAACUCUCCGGCUAAAAAUACUGCUAGCAGAUUAACCCGUCGAAAAACUGUUGCUGUGACAGAAAAUAUUUCUAUAAAGGCCAAUAAUAAAAAUGUAACAAUGUCACGUGACUCUAAGAAUACUAACUACGUCCCUCAGCCCCGACGUCCAAGGCUUAUGCCCAAUCAAAGCUCUGAUAGCACCCAUUCCAAGAAAAAUGGACCCACUCCUACUUUUGAAACUGAAAACUUCAAAAUAAACCGACAGACUAUUCCUUCUGUUGCAAAUUCUUUGUCAGGAUCUGAUCUAACAUCACAAACUUCAGUUCCAGCCAGAAGAAACCGAAACCCUAGAAAAAUAUGUCUAGAUAUCGAAGACGUAAAGGCUGGUAAAAAACGAAUGCAAAAGAACUCACCCUCUUUCGUGGAGCUUCCUGACCUGGUAAAUUCAAAUUUAAGUCCUAAAAUAGCCAGAAAAUCAUCACCUGGUAGCGACCAGCCCCUAAAACUUGAAUCCACUUCUAUAUCUGAUGAUGUCGAUAAACUCACAUCAAGCAUGAGCAAGAUUAAAAUUUCACUCGUCACAAAGUCACAGCGUGCUGCGCGCGAAAAAAAUAGUGGCCAGAAGAAUCCAAUUAGGUGUAUGGAUAGUGUUCCUAUGACAAAAGCUAAACCUUCAUUAGACGCAAACUUAAUUUCAAAUCUUAAUCAACUUGGCGUGACGGAAAGCUCUUCCAUUAUUUCAACUGAGGUAUCAUCAAUGCGAACUGAAGCUGAGACUGUAAUAACACAGAAUUUCGGUCAAGAUGUUGUAGUAAAAAAUGCGGGCCCGUCAUUAAUUUCACCGGAUUUGUCCCAAUAUUCACUAUCUCAUGAUUCUUCUGAGAAAUAUGUUGGAGAUUUUAAUAGAAAUAGUUCAUUAUCUUCAUCGGAGCACAAAUCCAUUGUCUAUGAUACUUUUGCCAUGAACCCUACAGACAUACAUUUUAUCCAUGGAUACAAGAUUGAAAAACCUAUCAAGAGUGUCAAUACUGACAAUCGAGAAACCCCAAAUGAGUUUCCGGUUAUUCCCUGUGAAAAUAUGCUUGAUCCACCCUUGCAAGAUUAUGUCAAGCCAUCAACUCAAGACAAAGAUCAAUACUCAAUUAAAUUAGAUCCUUUAGAUACCUUAGUGCUGAGCACAAAAAAUGUUGAUGUAAACAGUCUAGAUACGAAAGUCCAGGUACCAGUUGACUCUAGUCUAGAAAAAACUGGCCCUUUCACUAUAGACAACCGAUGUAUUGAGACGAACACAACUAAUAUACGUGGUGAAAGUGAGUAA